AUGCCGGGUUGCAUUUUCGCACCUUACUUCCCACCGGAGGAGCCCCAGAAAUUCGCCAAUGUCCACAAGAUCUUUGGGGCCAGCAAUGUGACCAAGCUUCUCAACGAGCUCCUGCCUCAUCAGCGAGAGGACGCCGUGAACUCCCUGGCCUAUGAGGCGGAGGCACGCGUCAGGGACCCGGUGUAUGGGUGUGUUGGAGCCAUUUCUUUCCUCCAAAGGCAGGUCCAGAGGCUCCAGAAGGAGCUUGACUCUGCCAAUGCUGACCUCAUCCGCUAUGCCUGCAACGAAAUCACAACAGCAACGGUGUUGCCUCCGCCUAUUUCUUUACCAACAGGGCUAAAUUCGGUGAUUCAGCCCAAUAUGGCUCCUCGGAGAAGGUCGGUUGAUCAUCAUCCUCAUCACCAGUUUUACCAACAAAUAAACAAUACUAGUACUACUGGAGGAGCUUUCUCAGCUCCCUAUCUUCCAUGGAAUGAUAUUCAUAACCGGUCCGGGGACAUUAACGAAGGAGGAGGAGGAGGAGGAGGAGAUGGCAGAAUGUGA